GUUUUUGAACUUUUGACAUUAAUCGCAGUAUAAACUCCCCUUUUCGUUAAACAAAUUGAUGUGAAUCCUGAAAUUUUUCCAAUAGUUACAAUUUCCAACUUAAUAUUUGUGAGUUGUUACCCUAUAGAGGCCAGUGCAGUGUAUCGUAAAAUAUAUAAAUCGGAAUCCUUCGGAAAAGGACGGAAGGAAGUACAACAAGAACGAAAUCAAAUAAAACCAUUCGAUUUUGGAAAACGUAUAAAACAAUGAUUAUGGAUACACGCAAACAGUACGAAUUGAAAGAACAGCGAGAGGAACUUUCGUCGGCAAUCCAAUUACCACUGCGGAACACCAGAAGAAUUAAGUUUACCUGUUUUGAUGUGUCGGAGAAGUACCUCAUCUUCGGGGCCAAUUCCGGAUCUUUGUACGUUUAUGAUCGGGCGAGUGUAAACUUCCUAAGUAUAAUUCCCAGCCAACUAGGGACCAUCAGUCAAUUGUUGAUUUCGGACAAUGGCAAACAGAUCGCGGUGGCAAACAUGCGCGGAACUAUCGGUAUCGUACUAGAUUUGGACAGUUCCGCUUCCAAGGAAGUACUUGUAACGGAGCUUGGAGGAAGUGAUGGCGCAGCCGCAGGCAGAGCGGUAGUCAACCGUGCCGGACCAACAGCUUUCGUAACCAGUUUCUGCUGGGGAGAGGACGACAAAGAGUUAUAUUGUGGGGACUCCAGAGGUACAGUGUCGCUGCUACAGCUAUCAUUGUUUAUGGGAAGAAAUAUUCUCAAUAUAACACUCAGUCCAGUUCUUCUGCUCGAUAAUCAAAUCGUACAAAUUGAUCGGUACAGGGAACUGUUGCUGGUAUCAACGUUUUCCAAAUGUGUUCUAUGCAAUACUCAGCGAGAAGAAUUCAAGCAGAUCGGAAAUCGACCUCGUGAUGGUUUGUACGGUGCUACGUUCAUCACUCCGAAUGGAGCAUAUUUCAACAUACCAAUCGAAGAUGAUUUGGAGGAAUUACAGACGCCAGAAGGUAACGAUGGCAACGACAACGAUCAAAAACCGUCACCAUCAUCGCAGAGCGUUGUUCAGGACGAAGUGAGGAUAUUCUGUUCUCGCCCUGGUUCGCGUCUCUGGGAGGCAGACCUUGAUGGAAAUGUUCUGCGAACGCAUCAGUUUCGACAUAAAUCGGUUGAUCGCGAAGCGAACGACCGUUGCAAUGAGAUAAUUGCAUUCAAGCUGCUGCAGAAAAUGCUGGGUCGGUUAAUUUUGGUGCAUGAUGAUCGGGAGAUAUUCCUGAUAGAUCCGAUCGCUUCCCAGACGGUUCUAUGUGUUAAUAAUGUAGGAGACAUUUGUAGAGUGAGUGUAGUGGGAGAGGAAAUUUACGUAUUCGGGAAUGAUCAAACUAUGGUAAAACUACGGCUAGAAAUAGAGCUCAAGGAGCAACCGAAAGGAAUACCGAAGAAGAUUAAUGGCAAGAAAGUAUCUCCUAUGAAGGAAAACGGUGUGUAUAUUUUGGAUCACUUGUUCAAUAACAAUGGAUCAAAGGAGAGCACAUUGCAAACAGAAAGUACAAUAAAAGAGGCUUUGGCAUCUGUGGUUCGCGGAAAGUACGGCCGUAAUAUCAAACAAAUGUUCCUCGGCUACGAUCAAGUGGGCCCGGAGAGGCCUAAAACUUUAAAUAUUUCAAAGGUAUACAAUAGUGAGGACAAUUAUAAUAAUAUCGUUCAAGUCUUGCCCACCGAUAUGUCGAAUUCUACUGAAGACGACUGUAACGAAGAAGUUGUUCCCAAAAGGAACCCACCAAAGAAAAUGUUCUCAAUGUCGCUUCUGAGUGAUUAUCAGCUUAGUGAGGAGGAUAAGACAGUCCGUAAUUUAUACUUGGUGUAUCGUUCGUCUAUAAUUAGUAAUCUUAAUUUUGCUGACCGCUAUGCCAAAAUCUUCGAUGCUUACGAUACGAAAUCUAUUGUUAGUUUACUGCAUAAACUGGAAAUUGUUAUGGACGAAAAUAAUGAAGAACAGUCAAGGGUCAAAUGCAUUAGAAUAUAUUUCGACUACUUAAAAGUAGAGUUGAUUUGGGAGAUAGAUGUUGAAUCUAGAGCAUUCAUCACACAAUGUUUUAUAGAAUUCAACAAAAUGCUGCUACAUGAAGAGCUCUGCGAGCUGGAAAAGUGUGAAUCUUGCGGACACUACUUAAGGACCAAUACGAACUGUCACUAUUCGGAAAUAGGAACCACGCUAAUUCAGUACUAUUGGUCCCGAAAGGAUUACACUCAAUGCUUCGAACUUGUACAGCAGAUUCCUUACCUGUGGCACACGAUUACCAAAUUCUACAUUCAAGAUAGCCGGGAGGACAAAACAAUUCAAUGCAUUUGGAACAUUGGUGAUCCUGGUCUGCUGGAACGUGCAGCCAGUGAAAUGUUCACACUAGAGCACUGGCGUCAGCUCUUGGAUCUCGUACUCACUUGUUACAAUAGCAAUAGUUUGAUGUGCUUGAACUGUGAUAAACUCUGCACGCUUGCCGACGCCAGUCGUAAUCCAAUGUGGAGCGAACAACAAAAUCGAGCUCAAGGCAAUCCGAACGACAAUAACAAUUAUAGCAACAACAAUAACUCCACUUUUACUAGAGAUAACUUCAGUAAUAUUAAAGCAAAGCACUUUUACAGUUGGAACUACAUUGUAAACACGGCCAUCGAUCAAGAGUGCAUCGAUGGGAAAUCCUUUUUAAGUAUGUUACGUGGCUACGAUGAGUACAUUCCGAAGGGUGCAAUUAGCACAAGCUUCUAUCUAAAAUGCCUGCUGAACGUAUCGGACUAAACGCUUUAAUAUCUAACAAGAAGCGUACAUCGUUAAACGAUUUAAAAAAAAUCGAGUCUAAUAGUAACCUAAUCUUUUGAGUAAAAACAAUCAAAAACGUUUCGUUCUGCCAAAAAAUGUACAAAUUUUAUAAUCUGUUCUACAGUUCUACGGAUUUUUUUACACUUUAGAUUUCAUUUUUAAAUCAUUUUACUUUCUUCACUGGAAGGUGAGAGGCAACGCAGGCGUUCCCUCACAACAUAUAUUAGGUAAUGUGCAUGUACUAGAAUAUAUAACUCAUAGUAUGCAAAGUCUGUUUUUGCAUCCGAAAAAUAUAAGUAGUGGCAUUAGGUAGCGAGCUUUGAAUGUUUAACCUAUAAAUGAAAAGAUAAUCUACACAUCGAGACGGAAAUCAACAUAAAGUUUGUUCCAAAGAUGAGAAAGCUUUGAUUCGUUGAAUUCAAAUUUAUGGUCGGAAGUAUUUCAUAUCGCGAUAAAAAAUGUACACAUAAUCAAGCGUAUUUAAUAGACAUGAAAAUCACGGAAUAUUCGUUUUUUUUUUGCGUAAACGUAAAAGCGCGACAAAUUUUGUUCCAAAGCGCAUUUAAACGUUGUACGAGAACACAAUUGUUUCCGGCUGGUGCCAGUAGUAUUCCGACCAUAUAUUCGAAUUUAGCAAAUAGUCUAUUCAGACUAAAAGCUUUAUCACUCGAUAACGAAUAUCUUGAUGUCAAAGGUCACAAAUCUUAUUUUCAUUUAAUAUAAUAUCAAGUAAUAAAGCUCAUAAUCUGAACAGACUAUAGACAUAGUUGUAAGGCCGUUUUUACUGGCCGACGUUCUAUUUCAAAUUUUGACAGUCGAUUAUUUGAUUUGGUCUAUUCUACUGUCAAAAUUUGAAAUAGACCGCGACCAGUGAAAACGAUCUUAAAGGGCUUUCACAAUCAUGCAGAUAUACAUACAAACGCAUACACCGAGAAUUGCAUUGUGAGCACUGAUAUAUUUAAUAUAAGGUAUCUAUCUGUACACUAAAACAACCCGUUUUCUCGGAAAUAAACACGCUUACGAAUAGCAG